AUGGGCGAUCCAAAUACCCAAUCCUUUACAAAUUUGUCUUCGUCUUCUUUAUUUUCUUCUUUUUCACAAGCAAACGAAACCUCGGUUUCCACAAAUUCUUCCAUCAACUCAAUACCGCUUACCAAAUCAUUUCAAGAUUGGUGGUCGAGUCCAACAAGAUUGAGACAAGAGACAAAGUCCAAUACAAAGAAGGAUGAGAUACUUGAACAAGCGAAACAAAGAAACCGGAAAAUUGAAUUUGAUUUAUUUAGAGCGGUGCUUCCAAGUAAGAUUUAUAUCAAGCCUCUUGAUGAGAAAGAAGAGGAGGAAACUGGUGACUCAGAAAACACUAUAUGGGGACAAUUGAUGGAUGUCGAACUCGAAGAUGGUACUGUUAUCCACGAGUUUUAUCUAGAAAAUAACGAAACAGGGUCUGUUUCCGAGCAACAUAUAGUGAUCAUUCAUGGAUACAUGGCUGCCCUCGGCUAUUUCAUCAAAAAUAUUGAGCUGUUGGUAUCAAUAAUGGGAGUGAGACUACAUAUAAUAGACCUUCCAGGGUUUGGAAACUCUUCAAGAGCAAAGUUUCCUGAGGAGUUUUUAACUGAACCAAGAGAGCUCAAGAAUAAAAUAUAUCAGAUAUUACAAAUUGAAAGUUGGUUCAUUGACAAGAUAGAGAGCUGGAGGAAAAUUCGUCGCAUCGACCAUUUCAAGUUGAUCGGUCAUUCCAUGGGUGCCUAUCUCUCUUGUUGUUAUCUUAUGAAACACAAUAAUCAAAAUGGAAAAAAGUUGGUAGACGACCUUAUUUUAAUUAGUCCUAUGGGUACCGAAUCAAGUGAGCACAGUCUAAUCAAUAAUAAGAAGUUUGAUAUUAACUUGCACGGCACAAACGAUCCUUUUCAAGAGUUGGUCAUAGAAGAAGAAGACGGCAAAGUAGUAAUAAAUGAAGAGUUUACAAAAUUAUUGGACACUUUAGGUAGACCAAAAUUCCCCAAAAACUAUAUUUUACAAAAACUAUGGCAAUUUAAUAUGUCGGCAUUUGAAGUUUUACAAAAAUUGGGACCUUUUUAUUCCAAAAUCUUGUCAUAUUGGUCGUUUCAAAGAUUCAAAAAUUUCAGCGAGUCCGAUGAUACACAUGAGGUCUAG